AUGGAUUUGCUUGUUCAAGCAGUUGGUUACUUCAAUAGUGGAAAUUCAACAGAAGUCGUUGCUGAGCAAUCUACAGCACUUCAGACAAAAGAAGAAAUUUUGAAGAAACGAUCUGGAGUCAUCGGAUCAAAAUGCCAAAUCUUCUACAAAGACGAUCCAUUUGUCGUUUCCAAGGCAUCCAUGCAGUACGUCUAUGAUGAAACUGGCAAGAGAUAUCUUGAUAACAUUAGUAACGUUCAACAUGUUGGACAUUGUCAUCCUACAGUAGUUGCUGCCAUAUCAAAACAGUUGGCUACCUCAACCUGCAACGUUCGCUUUGUUUCCAGUCGCUUGAAUGACUGCGCCGAAGAAAUACUCAAGACAAUGCCAGGAUUUGACACUGUUCUGUUUUGCAACUCUGGUUCGGAAGCAAAUGAUUUAGCUCUCCAACUCGCUCGUGAUUUCACCAAGCACUCUGAUGCUAUUGUGAUCGAUCAUGCUUACCAUGGUCAUGUGACGACAACAAUGCAAAUGUCUCCUUAUAAAUUCGAUCAUGGAUCAACUUUGAGACAACCUGAAUGGGUUCAUGUGGCUCCAUGUCCUGAUGUUUAUCGUGGUGAAUUCCGAUUAUCUGACGAUGACUUGUCAAAUGAGCACAAAUUAGCAGAUGCAGCUGAGCAUUAUUCAUCUUCUGUUAAGAAUAUCUUGACUGAAGUUGACAACAAAGGUCGCAAAGUAGCAGCUUAUAUUUCUGAAGCUUUGCAAUCAUGUGGUGGACAAGUUAUUCCACCAAAAGGAUAUUUCCAACAAGUUGCAAAAUAUGUUCGCGAUCAUGGUGGUCUUAUGGUCAUUGAUGAAGUUCAAACAGGAUACGGACGCGUGGGUAGCAGUUUCUGGGCUUAUCAACUAUCAGAUGAUGGAUUCACUCCUGACAUCGUAACAAUGGGAAAACCCAUGGGCAACGGAUUUCCUGUGUCAGCGGUCGUGACAACGAAAAAAAUUGCUGAUGCACUUGGUGGGGAAGUAGGCUAUUUUAAUACUUAUGGAGGAAAUCCGGUAGCUUGUGCUGCUGUUCUUUCUGUUAUUUCUGUCAUUCACAAAGAAAAUUUACUUCAACAUUCAGCUGAUAUGGGCGUAGAGUUUGAGAAACAUCUGAAUGCUUUAAAAUCUAGACAUGAAUGUGUUGGAGAUGUUCGAGGUGUUGGAAUGUUCUGGGGAAUCGAUUUAGUGAAGGAUCGCAAAACAAGAGAACCCAAUUCUGAGUUGGCUUUAGCUUUAAUAUUGAAACUGAGAAAAGAAUUCGACAUCUUAUUGAAUGCUGAUGGUCCACAUACUAAUAUUUUAAAGUUCAAGCCACCUCUCUGUUACAAUAAGGACAAUUUAGAAGAGACAAUGAAGGCUCUAGAGACUGCUUUAACUGAAAUGGGAUUCUAA